AUGGAUAUGAACGACCGGACGAAGAAACGUGAAUUUGACGUCUAUCUUGAUGCUGGCGCUUCAUUCGGGGCCCAGGGCUUGCUGAAUGUUGGACGGAAAGUAUACCAUGACAAAGAGGUAAGCUGGGCAAAGGAAUAUGCAAUUUCGUCUGAUUUUGUUUAUGCCUAUCGUGUCGCGAAGGUCUAUUUCUCAGUUCGCCAAAACGCUCUGAAAACUAGAGGCAUCAAAGGGGAGCUAUUUGGCUUGAAUGAAGACUUUGCGCAAGACCGUUUUGACAGAGACGGCGCGUAUACGUGUGAAGCUAAGAUGCAAGAGGAUGAUGAGUGGUUUCUAGCGGAGGGUUCGUUCUCUGAAAUAGACGACGAAGAUGGCGAUAAUCGACUUUUGAUCCCGCUAUGA